AUGGAAGCUUUCGUGCAGAAGGGUGACUGGAAGCAUCAGCGGCAGCCACUCGAGGAGAAGGUUCCUGAUGCUCAGUCCGUCGCACUGGCCAUCCAAGGGUAUACCACCCGCAGCUUUAUGCCGUCGGUGGCGCAGAAGGUUGUGCCCCAGUUCCUGCAAAAGCUGCCGGAUGCCUUCAAGCAGACGAGCACCCCGCUGUUGGAUGACAAGGAGCGGUUUCACAUCUCGAAGACGAAGGCCGUUUCCUGGCAGGAGUUCUGCAACAGAGCAGUGAUGUACUUCGAUAUCCGCUUGGCUGGCAUGACUGCAAUGGCAUACUCCAGCCAUGUCUUUAAUACCUUGUCCGAGCUUCAUCCGCGACGGUCCGGUGCUCUGAAAGCCGUGGCCACACUUGUACAGCGAGUGGACGCCGAGUCACCGAACUUGCUGACCAUCUAG